AUGGUCCAAGCUGAACAUUCUGAUACUCAAGACACUGAGACGGAUGAGGAAGUAUUUGAGGAAGCCGUCGAAUCUCCAAUGGAAUCUGAUAUGGAGAUUUCACUCCAUGCUCUUACUGGUAAUACUAAUGGUGAUACUAUACGUAUUCCUGUUUUUCUUAAACGCCAAUCUAUAUCUAUCCUUGUCGAUACGGGUAGCACUACUAGCUUUAUUGAUUGUGCCUUAGCUGCUAAGCUCAAUUGUAAGGUGGAGCAUACUGCACACAUGUUGGUGACAGUUGCAAAUGGGUCUCGUUUCACAGAAGACUUUAGACUGCUACCACUUGGAGGGUGUGAUAUGGUCUUAAGGGCUGACUGGUUGCGCAAGCUAGGUGAUGUGGUAUUUAAUCUUUCUAAACUCAACAUUUCUUUUCUUCAUGAUGGGAAACAGAUCACCUUAACUGGUACUCCCUCCCCUCCCUCCUUAUUAUCAAUGAGUAGUGCAGCUGUUAAGAAUUUUUUCACCAAAACUGCACAUGGGCUUAUUGGUCAGCUGUUUUAUGUAUCUACUUCCACUCCUACACCUUCAGCCCCUCCACCUUUGUUACCACUUCUUAAUGAAUUUCAAGACAUUUUUGCUGAACCCACCUCAUUGCCUCCUCAUAGAGCUUUGGAUCAUUAUAUUCCCUUGAAACCUGAUUCUCAACCACCUAAUCUCAGACCCUAUAGGUGCCCUUAUAUCCAAAAGAUUGAUUUACGUGAUGGCUAUCAUCAGAUCUUGGUGCACCCUGCCGACAUCCACAAAACUGCCUUUAGAACUCACCAUGGACGCUAUGAGUUCAAGGUCAUGCCAUUUGGUCUUACAAAUGCACCAGCUACCUUCCAAACCCUUAUGAAUGAUAUUUUUGGUCCUUAUUUGAGGAAGUUUGUCUUAGUCUUUUUUGAUGACAUUCUUAUCUACAACACUUCCAUGGAAGAACACUUGGAGCAUUUAAGAAUCGUCUUUUCUCUACUCAGACAGCACCAGCUUUUUCCAAUGAUGUCUAAGUGCAGUUUUGGUCAGUCCCAGCUGGAGUAUUUGGGCCGUAUUAUCACCACUGAAGGAGUAUGUGCUGACCCACAGAAAAUUGCUGAUAUGUUGAGAUGGCCAACACCUACUUCUAUCAAGCAAUUAAGAGGGUUUUUGGGGUUAACAGGCUAUUAUAGAAAAUUUGUCAGAAAUUAUGGCACUCUCAGCAAGCCUCUCACUGAUCUACCCAAAAAGAACUCCUUUCAUGGAACUCAGAUGCUACUUCUGCUUUUGAGCAACUUAAAGAUGCAAUGA